AUGUCCAACAAGAUAACCGAUGCCCGCCUGGAAUGGCUAGAGGAGACAAGGCGGCGGAAAAGCUUGCUCCUCCAGAAGCUUGAAGAGGAGGAGAAGAAGAUGGGGGGCGGCAAGGACAUUGUGUCCUCUUCGACGGACGACGGUGCCGCAGCACCACAACAGGACUCCGACAAGACGCAGGACGCGCUCAACACGCACCAAUUGAACAUUGACCGGUUCAAGGAGGAGCUUGCGGCGAUUGAAAAGGAAUUCGAGUCCUGGCAGGAAAUGGGAUUCAGCUUGCCCGCCUCCAAGUGA